AUGCCUGUCGUUAUGGCCGCUAUCAUCAGCGCGUCCGCCACGAUCGUUGUCAUCGCCACCACCACUGCCUCGACACAAGUGACUGAUAGGUUUCGAAGAACAGAAGUUACCAGCGUUGAAGCAGCUGUUAUCCUCAUCGUCGCCGGCAGUAGCAGCAGACAUUGUGUCGGUUGGAACUCGCCGCAUCGCUGCUCCACAAGAUCAUCGACUGGUUCCCCGAGGUUCCAUCGACCCCCGAGCAGAGAUCGCGCGGUGAUGGUGCCCGCAGUCACUCCUGCGCCCGUGCCCGCGCCCGCGCCUGCUGUUGCUCCCGCUGCUUCUCCUGCUUCCGCUGCUCCUGCUAUGGCCCCUCCGGUCUCUCCGGCUUCCCAGACUCCGAGCGGUAGUGGCGGUGGGAACCGCAAGUUCACCAAGGCGCCCAUUCACGGCGCUUCGUUUGCCUGGUGCUCCCAGUGCAUGACAAUGGGAGACCACGACGCCUGUGUGCCCGCCGAGGGCAAAAGUUGCUGCAUCCCCCGCGCCCGCUCGAAGAACUCGAGCACCUGUCGGCGGCAGCCCUCUGCCGUCUGGGCGCGGUACUCCUAGUUGGAGGAGGGCCACCCAGGCGGUACGUCGUAUAGGAGGCUUGAGUUGAUUCGAGAAUAGGUUUUCGAGUCAAAAAGUCUCGUGUGGAGGGCCGUAGACCUUCCCAAAAUUCCCUACCCAAGGUACUCAUCUGAAGUCCCGAGAAUUUCCAUGGAUUCGACGCGUCUCUUCAAUCAUAUCGGAGGAUUUCCCAGGGAAUGGCACCUGUCGUUUCAUCUGGUCUUCUUGCCAGGGAAUUUCUUCAUCCCAAGUCAUCGAUACACCAUCACCCCCGAGCCCGAGGCUGGUGAGGUCGCCACCUCCGCCAUUGAUGCGCGUGCCUUCCAUCGUGUUCUCCGCGAGAACAACCCUUUCCUUGAGCGUAUGGCGCAUAGCUCAACCGCCACGCCAGCU